UAAUCGCCAGCACUUUACAGUGACAGCAAAACUAGUUAUACUAGUUGCGAACUAUGAUCGAAAAUGAUACCCCACCGAGCUACAUGGUUACAAGACUAAGAAUUUUUCAGGUACAACUUUCACUGAAAUAUAGAACUCCGAAAAUAAUGCAUUGUAAGAGAAUACAAGAAAAAUUAUUCAGCAUGUUGAUAAAUUCAAAUUAAAUAGAAGAAAACAUUUUCCGAACUACCUAAUCUAUAUAAUCAAUCAUAAAACCCGAAACAAAAUCGGAAUUUAAAGAACAAGAUUCACUCAAAUCGAUAUACCCAACCUACAAGGUAUCAACUGCUUCUGUUUUCAAACCCAACCCGAUUGCAACCGAUGUCAGUAUGCAAGUGCACCUGCAGCUAUCAAAAUGCUUAACCCCGAACUCAUGUCGCUGGAGAACCAGGUGUUCCGAUGCUACCUGGGAUGGUCGGCUAUAUUGAUACUCAAGAUCUUCGCCGCUGGUAUUUACACGGGUCUCAUGCGCUUCUUUACGGCCACCUUCGCCAACCCCGAGGACCUGAUGUCCCCCAAGCUGAAGGUCAAGUUCGACGAUCCGAACGUGGAGCGUGUGCGCCGUGCCCACCGCAACGACCUGGAGAACAUCCUGCCCUUCUUCGCCAUCGGUCUGCUCUACGUCCUGACUGAUCCGGCCGCCUUUCUGGCCAUCAACCUGUUCCGCGCCGUGGGCAUCGCCCGCAUCGUCCACACACUGGUCUACGCCGUGGUCGUGGUGCCCCAGCCUUCCCGUGCCCUCGCCUUCUUCGUGGCCUUGGGCGCCACCGUCUACAUGGCCCUGCAGGUCAUCGCCUCGGCCGCCUUCUGAGCACAUAGGUCUAGUCCUUCUUGUUUUUUUUUUUAAGCAUUUUGAAAUAAUUUCUGAAAUAUAGAGUUACGCCUACCUCGGCUUUGGUGCUGUUGGAUCAC